AUGGCAUCAUCUUUCUUUUCUGAUUUUGGGCUUAUAUGGUGUCUAGAGGAGCUCAAGAAGGAGGAGUUCAGAAAAUUUAAGGAGCACCUCAAGCAAGAGACUUUGCAACCUGGACUCCAGCAAAUUCCCUGGACUGAAGUGAAAAAAGCCUCCCGGGAAGAUCUAGCAAACCUGUUGGUCAAGCAUUACGAGGAACAACAAAUGUGGAAUAUAACCUUAAAGAUCUUUCACAAGAUCAGUAGACAGGAUCUCUGCGAUAAGGUCCUGAGGGAGAGAACAGGACACAGAAAGCUGUAUCAAGAUCAUGUUAGGAAGAAAUUCAGCGAUUUAUGGUCCAGCAGAUCUAUCGCUGGUUUUUAUGCAUACUUUCGCUCAGAAGUCAGACAGGAAGAACGUGAACAUUUGGAACGUGUUUUUGCUCCCAGCGGAACAGGGAAACAGCCGUAUACGUUGGUCAUUCACGGGAUGGAAGGAAUUGGAAAAACAACAUUUCUGAUGAAGGUAAUGUUGGCCUGGUCAGAGACCAACGUCUAUCAGGAUAGAUUCCUAUACGUGUUCUACUUCUGCUGCCGAGAACUGAAGCAGUUGACGGAGACAAGCUUGGCUGAAUUGAUUUCCAGGGACUGGCCCAGCUCCUCCGCUCCUAUCACAGAGAUCAUGUCUCAGCCAGAGAGACUCUUGUUCAUCAUCGAUAGCUUCGAACAACUGCAAUGUGAGUUAAAUGAACCCGAGUCAGACCUGUGCAGCGACUGGAUGAAAACGCAGCCAGUGCGGAUGCUCCUGAGCAGCUUGCUGAGGAAGAAGAUGCUCCCAGAGUCCUCACUGCUCAUCGGAGUGGCAUCUCCUCCGUGCCCAGUGGAACUUGAGGAUCAGCUGGUGUGCCCAGAACUCCUACCCUUCCCAGGAUUCAGUGAGAGUGACAGGAAGCUCUUUUUCUGCUGUUUAUUUCAAGACAGGAGUAGAGCCAUGGAAGCUUUCGAUUUUGUAAGGAAAAACAAACAACUGUUUAUCAUGUGCGAAAUCCCCCUCCUCUGCUGGAUUGUGUGCACCUGUGUGAAGCAAGAGAUGGAGAAAGGCAAAGAUCUGGCGCUGACCUGCCGACGUGCCACCUCUCUGUUUUCCUCAUUUGUGUUUAACUUGUUCACACCCAAGGGUGCUAAUUGUCCAAAUCAGCAAAGCCAAUUCCUGCUGAAGGGGCUGUGCUCCCUGGCUGCAGAGGGCAUGUGGACCGAGGUGUCUGAGUUUAGUGAGCAGGAUCUCAGGAGAAAUGGGAUAGUUGGCUCGGACAUCCCUGCGUUGCUGGACACAAAGAUCCUUGUGAAGUGCACGAAGCACUCAUACAUGUUCAUUCACAUGAGCAUCCAGGAGUUCUGUGCUGCCAUGUUCUACUUGCUAAAGAUCGACGGUGUCCAUCCUAACCCAGCUGUCAGAUUUGGAGAGACAGUACUCCUUACUUAUCUAAAGACACAAAGGAAAGCACGUUGGAUUUCUUUGGGGAGUUUUAUAUGUGGUUUGUUACAUGAAAAUGAACAAGAAAAGCUAGAUGCAUUUUUUGGCUUCCAAUUGUCCCGAGAGAUAAAGCAGCAAUUUCACCAGUGCCUGAAGAGCUUAGGCGAACGUGAAGAUCUUCAGAGGCAGACAGAUUUCUUGGCGUUGUUUUACUGUCUGUUUGAGAUGCAGGAUGAAGCCUUUGCAAGGCAGGCCGUGAACUUCCUCCAAGAAGUUAACUUUUGUAUCCAUGAAAACUCGGACUUGGAGGUUUGCGCCUACUGCUUGAAAUACUGUUCUGGCUUGAGGAAACUUCGGUUUUCAGUCCAAAAGGUCUUUAAGGAAGAGAAUGGACAGUGCUCUAUGUCAAGUGGCAGCUUUAUCCACUGGCAUCAUGUUUGCUCUGUGCUCACGGCCAAUGAGCACCUCAAAGAAUUCAAGCUGAUGGACAGUAACCUCAAUGAGUCAGCUCUGAUGACUCUGUGUAAUCAGCUGAGACAUCCCAGCUGCCGCCUUCAAACGCUUGAGCUAAAUGCUGUUUCCUUUUCUGGUGAGAGUAUGGUUGUCUUUGAGGUGCUUUUUCACAACCCGGACUUGAAACACCUGAACCUCUUCAGUGUAAAUCUCUCUCGUGGUGACGUGCAGAUGCUCUGUAAAGCCUUGACCUAUAGAAUGUGCAACAUAGAAAAACUAGCGCUGGGAAGUUGUAGCCUUUCCUUGGAGGACUGUGAAGUCUUCGCCUCAGUUCUGAGCAGCAGCAAGAAGCUGAAGCAUCUGAACCUAAGCUGCAACUACUUGGACCAGGGGAUGCGCCCCUUGUGUGAAGCCUUGUGCCACCCAGACUGCGUUCUGGAGUACCUGGUGUUGGCUUACUGCUACCUCAGUGAGCAUAGCUGGGAAUACAUCUCCAAAGCUCUCAUGUGUAGCAAAACCCUGCACCAUCUAGACCUCAGUGUGAACACCCUGAAGGAUGAGGGAUUGACAAUUCUCUGUGAAGCCCUGAAGCACCCAGACUGCUGCCUGUGGUCACUGUGUUUGGUGAAAUGUUUUUUCACUGCCGCCGGCUGUCAAGGCCUUGCCUCUGUUCUUACCAGCAAUCAAAACCUGAAAAAUCUGCAGCUUGGGUACAACGAUAUAGGAGAUGUGGGCAUGAAGGUGUUGUGUAAAGCUCUGACACAUCCCAACUGCCACUUGGAGCAACUUGGGUUGGAAGGAUGUGAAUUAACCAGUGCCUGCUGCAAGGAUCUCUCUUCUGUUCUCACCAGCAGUAAGACCCUGCGGAAGCUAAACCUGGUCAUGAACGCCUUUGACCACAGUGGGGUGGUUGUGCUCUGUGAGGCCCUGAGACAUCCAGAUUGUGUCCUGAAGAUUCUUGUGCUGAAUAAAUAUGAAUUUCAUGAGGAAACCCAGAUGUUCCUAAUGGCUGAGGAAGAGAGAAAUCCCGACUUGGCAAUCAUAGAUGAAUGA